CCGCCUCCCCCGGGCUUCGCUGCUGCAGCCGCCGCCGCCGAGCGUACGGCCUCGGCCCGGUUCCCUCACGGGCCCCCCGGCUGCAGCAGCGGAGCCCCCCGCCCGGGCCCCGAUGAGUAACUCCCGGAACAACCGGGUGAUGGUGGAAGGGGUCGGGGCUCGGGUGGUCCGGGGCCCGGACUGGAAGUGGGGGAAGCAGGACGGCGGCGAGGGCCAUGUGGGCACCGUUCGCAGCUUCGAGAGCCCCGAAGAGGUGGUGGUGGUGUGGGACAACGGUACGGCCGCCAACUAUCGCUGCUCCGGGGCCUACGAUCUCCGCAUCCUGGACAGUGCCCCCACAGGCAUCAAGCAUGAUGGAACCAUGUGUGAUACUUGUCGCCAACAACCAAUCAUUGGUAUCCGAUGGAAGUGUGCUGAGUGUACAAAUUAUGAUUUAUGCACAGUUUGUUAUCAUGGAGACAAACAUCACUUAAGGCAUCGUUUUUACAGAAUUACCACACCAGGAAGUGAAAGGGUACUUUUAGAAUCUCGUCGGAAAUCAAAGAAAAUUACAGCCAGAGGAAUCUUUGCAGGUGCCAGAGUGGUUCGAGGGGUAGAUUGGCAAUGGGAAGAUCAAGAUGGUGGAAAUGGAAGAAGAGGGAAGGUAACUGAAAUACAGGACUGGAGUGCGUCUAGUCCACACAGUGCAGCAUAUGUUCUAUGGGACAAUGGUGCUAAGAACCUCUACAGAGUUGGCUUUGAAGGCAUGUCUGAUUUGAAGUGUGUCCAAGAUGCUAAAGGAGGCUCUUUCUACAGAGACCACUGCCCUGUACUAGGUGAGCAGAAUGGUAACCGGAAUCCUGGUGGACUACAGAUUGGUGACCUAGUAAACAUUGAUCUUGAUCUAGAGAUUGUACAGUCUUUGCAACAUGGGCAUGGAGGAUGGACUGAUGGCAUGUUUGAAACUUUAACUACAACUGGAACAGUUUGUGGCAUUGAUGAAGAUCAUGACAUUGUGGUACAAUACCCUAGUGGCAAUAGAUGGACUUUCAAUCCAGCUGUUCUCACUAAAGCUAAUGUUGUCCGAAGUGGGGAUGCUGCACAGGGUGCAGAAGGGGGCACUUCACAAUUUCAAGUGGGUGACCUUGUUCAGGUUUGUUAUGAUCUAGAAAGAAUUAAACUUCUACAAAGAGGUCAUGGCGAAUGGGCAGAAGCUAUGCUUCCUACCUUAGGCAAAGUUGGCCGUGUUCAGCAGAUUUAUUCAGACAGUGAUUUAAAGGUAGAAGUUUGUGGAACAUCCUGGACAUAUAAUCCUGCAGCUGUUUCCAAAGUGGCAUCAGCAGGAUCAGCUAUUAGCAAUGCAUCUGGCGAGAGACUAUCUCAACUCUUGAAGAAACUAUUUGAAACUCAAGAGUCUGGGGAUCUUAAUGAAGAAUUAGUUAAAGCUGCUGCUAAUGGAGAUGUUGCUAAAGUAGAAGAUUUGUUAAAGAGACCAGAUGUUGAUGUAAAUGGACAAUGUGCUGGACACACUGCCAUGCAAGCUGCUAGUCAGAAUGGGCAUGUUGACAUUUUAAAACUUCUUUUGAAGCAAAAUGUAGAUGUAGAAGCAGAGGAUAAAGAUGGUGAUAGAGCUGUUCACCAUGCAGCUUUUGGAGAUGAAGGUGCUGUCAUAGAAGUAUUACACAGAGGUAGUGCAGAUUUGAAUGCUAGAAACAAACGCAGACAGACUCCACUUCAUAUUGCUGUGAAUAAAGGUCACCUUCAAGUUGUGAAGACGUUAUUGGACUUUGGUUGUCAUCCUAGUCUUCAGGAUUCUGAAGGUGAUACUCCCCUCCAUGAUGCAAUAAGUAAAAAACGUGAUGAUAUCCUUGCAGUCCUUUUAGAAGCUGGGGCAGAUGUUACAAUCACAAACAACAAUGGUUUUAAUGCUCUCCACCAUGCUGCAUUACGAGGAAACCCCAGUGCCAUGCGUGUGUUACUGUCUAAACUGCCAAGACCAUGGAUUGUGGAUGAGAAGAAAGAUGAUGGUUACACUGCCUUGCAUCUAGCUGCACUCAAUAAUCAUGUAGAAGUGGCCGAACUCUUGGUGCAUCAGGGAAAUGCAAACCUGGAUAUCCAGAAUGUAAACCAGCAAACAGCACUUCACCUUGCUGUUGAACGACAACACACUCAAAUAGUCAGGCUCUUGGUUCGUGCAGGUGCUAAACUGGAUAUACAAGAUAAAGAUGGGGAUACUCCCUUGCAUGAAGCUCUGAGACAUCAUACUUUAUCACAGCUCCGUCAGCUCCAAGAUAUGCAGGAUGUAGGGAAAGUAGAUACAGCCUGGGAACCAUCUAAAAACACAUUAAUAAUGGGACUUGGUACACAAGGGGCAGAGAAGAAGAGUGCAGCAUCUAUUGCCUGUUUCUUAGCAGCCAAUGGAGCUGAUCUUAGCAUUCGAAAUAAGAAGGGUCAGUCUCCACUUGAUCUGUGUCCUGAUCCUAGCCUCUGUAAAGCACUGGCCAAGUGUCACAAAGAAAAAGUCAGUGGUCAAGUGGGUUCACGGAGUCCUUCUAUGAUCAGUAAUGAUUCAGAAACUUUAGAGGAAUGUAUGGUGUGUUCAGAUAUGAAGCGAGAUACUCUUUUUGGCCCAUGUGGACAUAUUGCUACAUGUUCUCUGUGUUCUCCACGUGUCAAAAAAUGCCUCAUUUGUAAAGAACAAGUUCAGUCUAGGACAAAGAUUGAAGAAUGUGUGGUAUGUUCUGACAAGAAAGCUGCUGUUCUGUUUCAACCCUGUGGUCACAUGUGUGCUUGCGAGAACUGUGCUAACCUCAUGAAGAAAUGUGUACAAUGUCGGGCGGUAGUUGAACGGAGAGUACCUUUCAUUAUGUGUUGUGGUGGCAAAGGUUCAGAAGAUGCCAGUGAUGAUAUUGCAAGUGGAAACAUUCCAGUUUUACAGAAGGACAAAGACAAUACCAAUGUCAAUGCUGAUGUGCAGAAGUUACAACAACAGUUACAAGAUAUCAAAGAGCAGACAAUGUGUCCUGUGUGUUUGGAUCGUCUGAAGAAUAUGAUAUUCCUCUGUGGCCAUGGAACAUGUCAACUCUGUGGAGAUCGAAUGAGUGAAUGUCCUAUUUGCCGCAAAGCCAUUGAACGAAGGAUCCUUUUGUAUUAAAUGAGAAAUAGUGUGUUUUGUUAGCUAAACGAAAUUUAAAUGUAUUUGAUAAGGCAAUUCUAGUGAAAUACUGUAUAAUACCAUAGCCUAUGUUCUACAUUAUAAUAACUUUGACUGAAUGCGCUAAAACCAAACAAACCACAAAACAGUAUUUGGACAGUCAUUUUGAAAUCUGGAUCAAAUCCAUGUAAGUUACAGUUAAUUUAAAACAAUUUUUUAUUACAGACUUGCAGAGUAUGGUUUGAUUUUAAAAUGCAUUUAAUUCCUAAUUCUUUACUACUUCCAUUAAAUUUUUUUUUUACUAUUCAGUUUUAUCAGCCCUUAGAUGAUAUACUUUUUUCUGUGUUUUCUAUUAUACUCAAAAUUAAUAAUCACUUUUUUCCCCACACUAAUCCUAACACAAAUGCUAUAAAAUUAACACCUCUUUAAAAUGCCAUUUUGCACCAAAUGAAGUUGGUAAAUCAAACGUUUACCUUUAUUUAUAUUACAUAUUCCCAGUAACUUAGUAUUUCAAAAAUCUUAGUGUAUUUUGAAUGUAGUUCAAAAAAAAAAAAAAAACUUCAUUCUGCAUUAAGACUUUUGGGACACCCAACAUAAAACCAUAAUUAUAUAAUCUGAGCUUUACAUAAUGUAAACAAGUUUGAGAAAUGUUUUGAGAGAGGUAGUGAGAGAGUAGGAAGACUACUGAACUUAGGAAUCACAAGUUUGAAUCAGACUUUACUGUCUGUGUGAUACUAGGCAAGUCCUUUAACCUCAUUGGAAUUUAGUUACUUUAUUUGUAAAAUAUGGAAAUUGAAUUAGAUGAUGUCUGAGGUCCCUUUCAACUUUGGGUAUAAGAUCACAUGACUUGUACUUUAAAGACAUAGAGAUCUCAAAUUUAACUUCCAGUUUUAACUUUAAUUUUCAGUUUUUUCCCCCAAUAAUAUGAGAAAAUAAUGCACUUCUUAAGUUUUAUUUCUUAGAUUGUAAAAGAAAAAUCAGUCAUAUAACUGUUGUCAGUUAAACUGAAAAGUAAUCAAUUGAUGCUCUUGUUGAAAAAAAUAAGAAUGGGCAAUCACAGUGGGGAACUGAAGAAAAAAAAUUGAGGAUUAUUUCCCUACAGCAUUGCAGAAUAGAAUUAUUUGUGUGUGUUUGUGUAUGUAUGUGUGAGUGUAUGCGUGUGUGCGCGUGCAGCUUCUGACCAUUAUUAAAAGAUACUGCCCUUCUUCUAUGACCUAUCACACUUAUUAAGUCUUAUAGAAAAAUGUGAAUACAUGGUAUAUUCACCCCAAUACUCCAGUAACAUAAUUACCAAUUGAUUUUGAUUUGAGCAUUAAGAAAAGUAGUUGCUCCUUUUACAAGCCACUGAGUUUUCUCUUAAUAAAUUAACUUUUUCAGCACAUUUAGAACAAUGAAUCUUCCAGAAGGCAGCAAAUUUCUUUCUUCUUGCAAAUCAGUUCCAUUACUUUUGACAGUGUUGCUAAUUCUGUGUAUUUGCAUAGCUCUUAAAUGUCAUGUUAAAGUUAUCUCCCUAACUUACUGGGAAUAUAUGAAUUUGCAAGUUUUUGUAUCUCCACAUAAUUACUUCACUUAUUAUUUCCAGCACUCUCCAGAAAAUGUUUAAGAACAAAGUAAAAAUUUUUUCAUCUUUUGGGGAAGAGUUGGAUUAUGGUGGUCAUUACAAGAAUAGGAAUAGUUUUUAUUGGUGACAUCAUUUGUUUGGACACUAUUCUUGGCUGUGUUUCAGACCUUCCAUUGCUGUACAAAUAUGCAUUGUCAGUAGUUUAGAGUAACAAUUGACUGACUUCAAUAGUCAAGAUUUUUAUUUUGUGUGUGUGUGUCUUUCUCACACACAUAUAUACACUCCUCCUGUGGACUUUAAAUUUUUUUAGAAAAAUACCUUUAUAUUAGCAACACUUUCCUUCUUCAAAGUUUUUCAACUAUAUCUAAUUAGAAAGUACAGAAUCUCUUAAUCUGGGGUCUAUGGAUGCCAAAUAUAUCCAAUAAUAGAUUUCAGAAGAUCUGUGAACUUUGAUGGGGGGAAAAAGUCUUUAUUUCAAUAUAACCGAUUCCUUUGUAAAUCCUAUGUAUUUAUAUAUCUAAAAGCAUUAUUUUGAGAAAAGGUCGCUAGGCUUCAUUAAACUGUCAAAGGGGUCAGUAAAAGUUAAACUUAAAUUCUACCAAAUACUAUUUCCAAAUAUCUAAGUAUUAUGUUGAUUGAUUAAGUAAACUAAUUUUGGUGAACAUGAGGGCUGUAGUAAUAAUUUUAAAUUUGGUAAUAAUAAUUUUAUUCAACAAACCUUUUCUUUGCUCCCUGACUCCUAGUUUUGGAAUUUACUUUAAAAGAGGAAUUUUUGCCCUUUAAAAUUAUUUUCAAAGAGGAAUUUUUGCCCUUUAAAAUUAUUUUCAAUACUUUUUUUAUGGUUUUAAAAUACAAUAUUGUAAACUGCUGUCCCAAAGUUUAUGUUUUUGUAGUUAUUUAAUGGAUUUAUGGAUUUGUGUCAAUUAUUACAUUUGUAAAGUUAUUUUUGUGAAUAGAUAACACUUCUGUUUUGAUCAAUUGAAAGCUCUUUUGUUUUUAGUAAUUUUGGUUUUGUGAGAGAUGAUGAGUAGAAAUUAAUAUGUUCUCCAGCUGUUUGAAAUUUUGGCCUCAGUUUUGUAUCUCCCAACAAUAGUUCCUAAUGAGUUAUUUCUCAUUCUAUUAACCAUCUCUUUUUAUCCUAUUGUCACCAGGAAAUUGUUGUUAAAAACAACAAUUUUCAAUUUGUUUAACUCUUACUAGUUGGUCAGAUCUUUAGAAAACUCUAGUUUUAGAAAAGAUGUGCCAUUUAGAUUUUGUUUUGCUUUAAUGUUUUUCAGAAUCAUGGUCACAAUUGUGCCAUUUCUUUAAUUCUUCAUUUCUUCUGCAUAAUCAAGUAGUAUGUAUAUUCAGUAUCAAACUGCACUGAGUUAGGUGACCAACCUUUUUGAUGACUUCAACUUGAAUUCGGAAUUUCCAAACAUUAGCUAUGAAAUUGUAUUAAAUUGAUUUUUUUAUUUUGAACAUCUUUUUUGGUGGUGGUUGUUGUUGUUCCUAAUUUGAACUAGGGAAGCUAGAUCUCAAAUACUAUUAGUGUAACUUUGGUCAAUGCCAUUUUCCCUACUUUUGAAAUGUAGGCAUGAUCUUCAUUUGUGUGUUCCCUUUCCUUCAUCACUUCCUUCCCAGCAAUCUCAUUUGAUGUUCUUUUCAGUGCAUUUAAUACCUUUUUGCGUUUUGGGGUGUGUUAGGUUUUUGUUUGAGAGAAAAUUAAGAGGGGAUAAGUAUGACAUCAUAAUUUUACAUGUUGUAUUACCUGAUUUAUCCUAGGAUAAUUAUCCCAAUUUAUUUAGCUGGAAAUGUGUAUUUCAUUAUCAUUAAUCCUUUUUAUUCAUUCCAUUUAACAAAUUAUUAAGCAUCCCAACCUUAAAUUAUUUCUGUUAAGACCUAUCAAUCACCAAGCUUUCAAAAUCCAGUGAUAGAAAAAAUCUUCAUUUCUGGUAUGUCAGAAUUGUCUGAAAGUUGUGCCAGAAUUUUAAUAUUAUCACAUUCUUCUGCUAAUUAUAUAAUCACUACUGUAACUUGAUCUGGCAUUCUAUAUUUGACAUUUUCUUAGAGGUAGAUGUUAAAAUUGGUGAUAAGAAAAAAAAACACAAUAUAAUUUAACAACUAUUAAGUAUCUCUGUAUGUUAUGCAGAGUGCUGGGGAAGAUAGAAAAUUUAAAGAAAACAUGAUCCCUGUUACUUGGAUAUCAGAAUAUGGUUUACACCUUGUCUAUUUUUACUAUGUAUUAAAACUGUAGUUUUCUGUUAUAACACUGCCAAUUCUUGUAAUAAUAUUAGUAAGUUUAAAAUGAGAACUUACUGAAGGUGCUAUUCUUUAAAAACAAUCAUUUUAAUGUACUUGUUCCUGUUGCUGUGUACCAUAUUCAUAUCUUGUAAAAAGCAAAAAACUUUCAUUCCCAAGAUAAAAACUUUAGUGCAAAUUAAAAUUCUAUUAGUAUACUAUUAGUCCUAACCUACCCAUUAGUUUCAUUGGCAUAAUAGGUAAUACAGUUUUAAGGUUGGAUUAAGAUAAUGCUAAAAGUUAAAACACUACAAAUUGAUUAAUUAUGAAAGUGUUUGUCAAAGUCUUUCCUAAAUUAUUUUUAAAUGACUGAUUUGUUUGCAAGACCAUUUUUAACAUAUUUAAAUCUUUUGCUUUUGUACAACUCAAAUUAUAUCUAUAUCAAAGCACACUAUCUAGGUAGCCUAAGAAGUUAAUUCUGCCAUAUGUGCACACAGUGUACCUGUGCCAUUUAGAUUGUGUAUGCUGCCAAAUGACUCUUGCCUUGUUCAGUCAGGUUUCCUUCCUUGUUUUCAUAGGGUCUUCACUUAAACUUAGUGGUAGGAUUUCAUAAGAGAGAUGGUAAAAUGCAGAGGAGUGAUAAGAGUUUGGUGUCUGAACAUAGAAAAAAGGGAUGGUGGAGGUCUUACCAAGGUGAGCUUGUGAGAAGUAUUUAAUACCAAAAAAACCAUUUUAAUUAAUAAAAUCAGUUUUUAUCAUAUUUUAUGUUAUGGCCUAUUGCUUUGUAAAUCACAUGCUUAAAAUGGUUUUUGAUUUGGUCCAAAAGGGAAAUAAUUAGCCCCUCUCAUAAAUAACUGAAGUGUUAACAAUUAUUGUUCAUUCUAGAGAAGUUAAAUGUUUUUCUUCUAGGUCUAUGUAAAUUAGGAAACAAAUUCUAUCAAUAGUAACUUGCUUGGAUUUCUUAAUGAUUUAACUAAAAGAUUUAAAUUAUUGAUAAAUGUGGCCCUCACAAAAUUUUUUUUUGGCUUUCCAUCAGUUUGAAAACAAUGUCCUUCCCUUCAUUAUUAAUUACACAUUUUCAUAGUUAUUUUGGAGAAAGUUUAAAAAUGUCUCAUCUUUGAAACAGUUGUUUCUUCUCUCCCUUCACCUCUUUUUAACCAGGAAAAAAAAAAUUAAGUUGCAAACAAAAAUUUGGUUAGCUCUGAAAUUGAAUGGGGUUAUAACAUUUUCACAAAUAGAUGACUUAAUAGUAAAAGGGUAAAUAGACUCUUAAAAUCUUUGUCAAUUUAUUUUUGCUAAAACAGAAGAACCUAAUUUGGCAUUAUCCCAUAUGUUGUAAUAGGAAUAUUCACUGAUAUCAGUUGAUAAUCAUAUAGGGAUGGAAUUUUAUUCAAGUAAGCAAAAUUAUAACAGUAUUAAGAAUGAUAUUUUGUGGCUAGUUUAAAACAAUGUUUGAAGAAGCUUUUUUCUAAAGCUGGUUUGAUCUGUUUGUUUUGCUAUAGUAGAAAAAAUGUUUAGAUUAUUUGAAUUUUCUCUUUAGUGUGUGCUGGUGAAUAAUAGAAACAUGGACAAUUAGUGUUGAUCAGUUAAUGUUUCUUAGCUUAAGACUUUGAAACUUUCUACCUCCUUUCUGUCAAAGUGUUACAUUUUCCCGCAAUUCUAGUCUUUAGGUCAAAGGAAAAUGGAAGUCUGAAGCUGGAGGGUUUUGGUAGUGGUGGUGUUUUGGGAAAAACAAAACAAAACAAAACACCAUCCCCAAGACACUAUUUUGGGUUUUUUUUUUCACUUAAGUUUGGUGCCUAAAUUCAUAAUAAAAGGUUAAAACUGAUCUUUAAAUGUAUAAUGAUAAAAUUGCCAAGUAUUAACACAUAUUGUUCUCUUCCAUUUUGUAGGCUGCUUGAAUAAUUAAUUUCCUCCAAAACAAAAAUUUUUUUUGUUUCUUUACAUCUUUUCUUCCCUCCUCACAUGUCACUUCCUUUAAAAAUUAUAACUGCAGUCAUUUAAAAUUGACUCAGGGCUUUUUAACAGUUUAAGCAAAUUCUUAUAUGUUUAUUACAUUUUUAGAAAACCCCACCCACAUCAUUGUUUAGUGCCUUGAAAGAAUUAUUGACUUGGCAACAACCACUACACCAUUACAGUGUGCCUGUGUCUGUCAGUAUAUGUAGACAUAUGUGUCUCAUCAUUUAGAUACUGCAUAUGUGUAUUGGGCAUUGGUAAUUCUGAAAAGGAAGUUUUGUAGAUUUCAAUUUGAAAAUUAUUUUUAAAAAACUGAUCAUUCAUGUCCAUGAAAGCUAUACUAGUAGAAUACUUCUGUUUAUAUUCAUACUAAGUCACAUGUAUGAAAUAUCUGGGGAGAGGAUCUAAUUUUACAUAAUUAUGCCUGUUUAGUUUCAAAGGAGGAUUCAGUCUUUAAACAGUGAGAUGUUCCCCUAACCCUUCCCCUCCCAAAAGAAGUCUUUUAUGUUCUAACAUUAACAUUUUUUUUUUAAGUCUGCAUGGUGUUUUUUAAUAAUCUUAUUUUGUCUUGAGUUCACAAGUUUUUCUUUUUACUAAGUUUAGUAUGCUAGUAUCAUCAAUUCAGUAUACAAUAUAUUCAGUAGAAGAUAAGUUUUAUUGACUCAUGGUAACAUUUUGUUUCCAUUUCCCUCUCUCCCACAAUUAUUAGACUUAUAUGUUCAAUGGAAUUUGAAGUCUUUUGUGUGAAUAUAGCUUAAUUUCUGUACCAAGAAUGAUUUUGUUUAUUAGUCUGAGUUUUUAAGAAUGCUUAGCAAGUUCUAAGCUUUUAAAAUUAAGUGCUAAUAUCUUUCUGUUAAUAAAGUUUUAUUACAUAAUGGCUUAA